UCUGGCCCAAUAUCACCUCCUCUCGACCCUACGCCGCGGCGACGGCAGCGGCAUCUGCGAUAAUGCGACCUCCGGUUGCGGCGGUUGGUGUGUUCCGAUGCGGCGGGACCCGCAGCGGCACUGGCGACCUGCGGAGGUGGAUGCAGCUGCGGCUGCCCCCGGCUGCAGAUCCCCGUCUACUGCUGCUUGUGGCGGCGGAGAUUGUGACUGGGGAGACCUGCAGGCUGCAGCGCCGGCAGCAUCUGCGACGUGCGGUGGCGGGGGCUGCUGAGGAAAAGGAAGGCUGUGUAGCUACUCCAGCUAUUGCUAAAGCAGAAGACAAAAAUGAGGCUGAAGUUGCGAUGGGGCACACGAUGACUGAAAUCUGUGACAAGUUCAUUGAGUUCUUCAUGCACAAGAAACCAGAGACAAAGGACUGGAAAAAAGUAUUGGUGUUUAGGGAGGAGUGGCAGAGGUAUAGAAAACAAUUCUACAAACGUUGUCAAGUGCGCAUAGAUAUGGAGACUGAUUCUUCAUUGAAGCAAAAGUUGGCUGUACUUGCUAGAAAAGUCAAGAAGAUCGAUGAUGAAAUAGAGAAGCACAUGGAACUCUUCACUGAGCUCAGAGAUAACCCUGCUGAUAUUAAUGCUAUUGUUGCAAGACGACGAAAGGAUUUCACUGGAGACUUCUUCCGCCAUCUUAAUUUCCUUGUGAAUGCUUAUAAUGGCCUUGAUGAGAGAGAUGGAGUUGUCAGGCUUGGGGCUAAAUGUCUAUCUGCAAUCCAUGCAUACGAUUGUACACUGGAACAGUUGGACAUUGAAUCUGCUCAGUCAAAGUUUGACGAUAUACUGAAUUCUUCUUCGCUAGAGGAUGCCUGUGACAAGAUCAAAAGCUUAGCUAAGGCUAAACAACUUGAUUCAUCAUUAAUUCUUCUCAUUAACAGAGCUUGGGCUGCUGCAAAAGACUCUACAACUAUGAAGGAUAAGGUCAAGGACAUAAUGUAUCAUAUUUAUACAUCUACAAAGGAAAGCCUCAAGAGUAUCUCACCUCCAGAAAUGAAGCUUCUUAAGUAUCUGCUGAAUAUUGAAGAUCCUGAAGAGAGAUUUGGUGCUCUUGCAACUGCUUUCUCUCCAGGAGAUGAGCGUGAAGCCAAGGAUGAAGAUGCUCUUUACACAACUCCCAACGAACUCCACAAAUGGAUCAAAAUGAUGCUCGACUCGUACCAUCUGAACAAGGAGGAGACUGAUUUUAUGGAUGCAAGGAAGAUGAGCGACCCAGUAAUCAUCCAGAGAUUAACUUUGCUCAAAGAGACGAUCGAGGAAGAAUACAUGAAGCAGUAUAUACACCCCGACGAGCCAGAGUCCAUGGACGACGAAGAAUUAGAAUGAUUGAUCAGAGCCAGAGUCCAUGGACAAUGAAGAAUUAGAAGACUGAUUGAUCUGCCUAUACACGUGCAAGCUGACCUGGAAACGAAACCAUCUGGUGGAGAUUCAAGAGGUAGCUAACAGUCAGCAUUGACGAUCCAUAUAUAAGUAGAUAGUCGAUGAUGCCCUGCUGCUGUUACAGAUGGGAUGUUGAACUAUAUAGGCAUUGUCAGAAAGGUUCCCUGUGUUAUAAAGGCGUAAAGUUCAGUGUGUUUUUUUUGCUGUAGGGUGAAUUAGAAGCAUGACAUGAUGCUGCGAUUCUACAGGUUUUGAAACAUGCGACGCUUAAUUCUGCCCAGUCAAAUGUAGGAGUAAACUGUUAACCAGGGCAGUAACUGUACUUGUGCAAGUGAGUGAGACAGAUAUGGUUAUAUGGAGAUACUAUAGCAAGGUUCCAUCA